GCAGUCACCGAGCUAACAAGCGUUCGCGAAUGUUAUAUUGCUGAUAUACAUGUUUCAAACUGCCAGUGGAAAGUGAGAAUCAUCGUUGUUAUCGUGUGUGAUCGAUUGCGAUUGUGUUCGACAGAUUGGUUAUUGGAAAGGGUGAUUUGAAGAAGAAAAAAAACAAGUGCUUUCAAGGUGCAACUAGAAAUCUGGUGUUGAGUUCUUAAGAAAAUCUAUUGAAUAAUGAGAGCAACAAUUCUGUUGCUUACUAAGUAAAACGGCGGGCAAUAAAUGAGAUAAACAUGAAGUACGGAGAAAGGUAAUUAUUUUCGUUUACUAGAAAUGUGAAACUGAGCUCACUAAUGUGUAAGAAACACCAAAUUUAUCUAUCAACUUUAACCUCAGCAUCGGAAGAGUGUGUUUGUGUAUCAGCGUAGCGCAGGGUCAUUGAACAGGAUCUCUUCGCGGGAAGGAGGUUAUGUGAGAAGCAGGACUAAACGAACGAAUAUACGAUAUUUGAUGAAUUUUAAGUGAUGAUGGUGUACAAGCUAUUAUCCAGCAUACUCACGCCUUCAUGGAAGUCGGCGUAAAUAAGUAUUGUGGAUAACAUGAUUAACAGUGGCAAUGACACAGUUUUUUACUAUCAAGUGCAUGCGAAGUAGAAUUCUUUUUUAUCGAGCAACAAUGACGGUCAAUUCGAGAGUCAGGGUCCUUGAAACUAAAAUGGUAGUAGGAUAGGAUUGAAAUAUUUGGAUAAAUUCUAAGAAGUAAGUAUUCUAGAAGAUUUAUAAAACUUCCAUGGAGUGAUUUCUUAGUGAAACGAGUUUUUUCUAGUGGCAAUCUUCGUUUGAGUCAUAUAUAACCUGAUUCCUGUUCUUGUUUAUAAGUUAAUAAAUAGUGCCGUUAUUAUUCAAACAAAUAAACCUACGAUUUUAACUCAUUCAAGCGUGCAGAGUAGUUCUCAGUAUAUUCAAAGCACGAAUCAAUCAGACAAUCGUGUUGACAGAGGGAUUGUUAAUUACCUACAGUUUCUGAUAAAUGCAUAUCAAUUUUCCUAAUGACAGCAGUCAAUCGUCUGACACCGUUCACAAUAGCUGCAUCCCAUCAACCAGGCGGCAGUUGGAAUACCCGACACGAACCGAUGCCAGCAAUUGUACAAACGACAAAAAUGAUCAGAACAACAAAGAUCAAACACGGUUGGCCAUCGGAGAAGAUCCAUCGGACAUUUUGCCAAAUGAUGAACCAGAUAUAGUUAGGGAGCGGAAACCAGAAAUGGCUGUGCUAUUGAACCCAUACCUUGGGAGUGAAAAAGAAACAAAAAUUGAUCCCCAGGAAAGGCGGAGAUCGUCUCAGGUUACCGAAACAAGCCGUCGUAGGACCCCCGGAAUACAUUCCACGGCGUUGGGAGUAUUUCAUCAGAUUAUGGUGACAUGUGCGGUGCUGCUGCUGGCGGCAGCAUGCGGGAUGCCCAUCGGAUACUCGGCCGUCCUGCUACCUCAGUUGUACAACGCGAGCGAGCCGCUUUCCAUCGACAUCGAAAUGGGCUCGUGGAUCGCCAGUGUACACAGCCUCGCUACACCGGUUGGUUCCUUCGCUUCCGGACCCAUUAUGGAUCGCUGGGGUCGCAAACCUGCACUUCUGAUGGCCAUCGUGCCCCUCUUCUGCGGUUGGAUUUGCCUCGCUAUGGCAUCAUCGCACUUCCUCAUCCUGGUCGGCCGUAUCAUUACUGGUAUUUCCGUUGGACUGAUCGCAGCCCCCGCACAGGUUCUCCUGGCGGAGAUCGCCGAGCCGCGUCUCCGAGGUUUGCUAAUCGGUGCCCCUUUCGUUUCCUACUCGAUGGGAAUCUUGCUGGUUUACGCCAUGGGCAGCCAUAUGCACUGGCGAAAGGUGGCAUGGAGCGCAACCUUUCUUCCGCUGCUGUCCUUCAUAGCGAUCACGUUGACUCCGGAAACACCGGUUUAUCUAGCGCGAAACAACAAACUGGAGAAGGCAGCCAAAGCGCUGUCGUGGUUGCGUGGAUGUCCGAUCCAGGCCAAGUCGGAACUGUUGCAAUUGAUCGAGCGUUUUCAGAUCGAAACUCGGGAGGACAAGAACACAGGCAUUUGGAAAUCGCUGACAAGAGUUUCACUGAUCAAACCGCUAAUAAUUAUCAAUGGAUUUCAUAUUCUACAAAUUCUAUCCGGGACGUAUUUGGUAGUUUUCUACGCGGUGGACAUCAUUUCUGACAUGGGUGGAAGCGAUAUCAACACUAUGCAGGCAGCAGUUCUGACGGCCGUUGUGAGGCUAGUUUUUACGUUCGUCUAUUGCUUCCUUUUACUGGUGAUGCCACGACGAAUGAUGGUCAUCGGCAGUGGAAUUGGCUCCGGAUUUAGUUGCCUUGCGAUUUCGGUUCUCAUGUAUGUCCGAUUGGAUGCGGUAAAAACACCGGUCGACACCUACCUGGCGGCAACGUUCAUUCUAAUCUACAUCGGAACUAACACUGGUUUCAUGACCAUGCCCGGAAUCAUGAUCGGUGAACUGCUGCCGGCGAAAAUCCGUGGACGAAUAGCGGGCUAUUUGUUUACAAUCUUCAACUUGAUGCUUUUUGGCGUAGCCAAAGGCUUUCCGUAUGUGAAGGAAGCAUUCAAAACACAAGGACUUUUUCUAAUUUUUGGAAUCGCUUCGUUCGGAGCGUCCCUGUUGCUGUACCUGAUGCUACCGGAAACCAAGGGUCGGACACUGCACGACAUUGAAGACUACUUUCAGCGGAGAAACUGGCUGUGGAUCACAAGAAACCAAAAACCUACCAAAGCGUCGUUGGAUGCUGCCGAGAUAGAAGAGGGAGAACCUCUGAAGAUUGUUAAAUAAUAGGAAAUUACAUUCUUAUUUUCAAUAUCCUGCCAUUUGCCCAGUCGAGAAAAAAAUGUGUUGAAUAAAGCAUUGUUUAAAAUGUGUUUUCUCACACACCAACCAACAAAUAUGCCAUUAUCGCUUAAUGAGCCCGCCUAAAGAAUAGUUUAAAUUACAGUUCAAGUAAGAAUAGCUGGUAUAUUGCUGAAUUUUACCGAGGGGCGGCAAACGGAAAAGUUCGUUACAAAUACACCUCUUCAGGAUACAAGAGGACAUUUCAUUCCUAAUAUGACCACAGAGUAGAAAAACUAUUGUGAUAUUACAUGUUAGGGACUAAAAUACUGGAGUACACAAAUAUUUGUUAAAGAAAUAUAUUAUUAGUAAUUGAAUGAGUGGAAUUUAUUCCUGAAAAGCCCUACAAAUACACUAUAUUGUAGCAAAAUACAAAAAUUUAGUAUAUAGAAUUAUAUUAGAAUAAAUAUUCAU